AUGGCUGUUUCGCUCGCCAACAGCUCCUUUAGCCCAAUGCGGCUCGAUGCUCCCUUGGACGAGAAGGGGCCUCAUCACAAACAGAGCAUGUGGCACCGCUUUGGCUUUCGACGAUGGCUGGGCCAGGACCGCAAGGAGACCGGCUCCUUCCCUGAUCCCCCCAACAACGACCCUUCACACCUCGAUCGGAAUCCUGCCUCUUCUGCCGAUCUCCCCCGCGCUAAGCAGGACAAUAUCACCCGGCGCAUCUCCCGGAAAGUCGGCGUUGGUCUCCCACGAACAAGUACAUUUAAACGUCACCUCCCAGAACAACGGGAUCGCCUGGCCCCGUUGGAGCCUGACCAUCGCCGAGCUCAAUCCGCCGACCGUCAUCCGUUAGGCGUCGAGAGAACAAGGUCUCAUUCUCCACUCCCAACCGUGGGCCCACGACUAUCCGCACCAGAGGUCCAGUGGCUCGGCCCGGCACCCACUUCCACGGUCGACCUCGCCUACGAGAUUCAUGAUGGGAGCGACUUGCCUGCGGAGGAAUGGGAGAAUCCCUCGUAUCAAGAUGUCACCUUCGCACCUUCGGACAUCGCAACCGAGCGAGAGUCAAUACUAGAGCCGCAUGCACAGCUAGCAGCUCACGAGCCCGACACACCGAUAACGCACGACGAUAUCGAGAUGGAGCUGGAAAAUAAAUGGAUCCUGAAUUUGAGCAUGCACUUUCGAGACAAUUCGGGUCGAGAGAAAUUCUUCGUCACCUACGCCGAGACACCGACUAAAUGGAGGCGUGUAACAAUAUCCAUGGACUACCAUAGCGCCCCACCCGACUCCCUCGAGCGAGACGUGGAGGAGCUCCGAUACCAGCGCGAUAAGUGCGCCAAAAUUUAUGAGUCGAUUCGAGAAUCGCUCGCCGAGAUACAGUUCUAUGAUACUGUAACAAAUCUCAAGGUGGAAACACUUGACGGACGCUUGCAUGUUCACGUCACAGAAGAUGUCAACGAAACAAUUCCUUACCCGCCAAUUGCCAGCGUACGCCAUUUAAGGGGCGCUCAGUGCGUGCCCGAGCAUCUUUUACACUUUGAGUCCCAUCUCUCCGGAUUUGUCUACAAGGUUCAAGUCGGCGGUCGACCUUACAUCAAAAAGGAAAUACCCGGUCCUGACACUGUAGACGAAUUUCUCUAUGAGAUCAACGCACUCCAUGCCCUCAACGGCGCGCCGAAUGUGAUCCGCGUCGAAGGCAUCGUGGUGGAUGAGCACCAGGAGGUGGUGAAAGGUCUACUGAUCAAUUAUGCAGAGCAAGGCGCACUUGUUGACUUACUAUACGAGCAGCGUGGGAACAUCCCAUUUCAGCGUCGAGAAAGAUGGGCGAAACAAAUCGUUCAAGGGCUGUGUGAGAUCCACGAAACUGGCUACGUCCAAGGCGACUUCACCUUGUCAAACAUUGUUGUCGAUGAGAACGACGAUGCGCAGAUCAUCGACAUCAACCGUCGAGGCUGUCCGGUCGGAUGGGAGCCACCAGAGAUAGCCGCGAAGAUCGAAAGCAAUCAGCGCAUAUCCAUGUACAUUGGUGUCAAAACUGACCUGUAUCAGCUGGGUAUGACCCUAUGGGCUCUUGCUACAGGAGAGGAUGAGCCAGAGCGGCAGCCACGUCCCCUCGUCCUCGGUCAGGAUGUGGGUGUGCCAGAUUAUUACCGGCGAUUGGUCGACAUUUGCCUCAGUCCAAUGCCACGACAUCGACUGGGGGCGAAAGAACUUCUCCAUUUCUUCCCACCCGAUCUUCUGCUACGCUCUAUGUACCGUCAUCCGCGGGCCUCGUUUGAUCCCAACGAUAAUGCAUCGGCUUACGCUCCUAUGAUGAGUGUACCUCAAUUAUCUUCUCUUGGCUCAGGAGUGCAUCCGCGACGCUCAACCGCCAAACUUGCCACCGAGCAAUCCAAUAUGCAUACGACAGCUCGACCACGACGCAGAUUUCUCAGCGGUCAUGAAGAAGGAAAAAGGUCCACCCUCACGCUCACAGAGUCAACCGAGGACACCGACUUUCCGCCUCGGCACUCCUCCGCGUCCACUUUGAACCAUGACGGCCCUGCGGAAGCCCUGCAUUGCGCCGACAGCCCAGUUGCUGAUUCAGACCUUGCGAAGCUCGACGCACCUCGGAACCCAGAAAUUCAAGGUGCAGCGACUGUAUUGGAGGCUGGUUCGGUGCCGAAUAGGGAGCACUUGCCCUAUCUGAAUACGCUUCCGUUAUCCGAGCCAUCGAACAGUUACCACGAAGCAGCCGAUAAUCGUGCUCAAUUCGCUGUUGAAUCAAGCAAUUGCAACGACGUGCUACCUUACACCCUCCUAACCAAUAUGCAGUAUGAAGAGGCUGCUCUGAACCCUACUCAACAGCAAGUCAGAUUUGAGAAUCAAACCCACCACAAUGAUGAAUCAGUUGCCUCUCUUCUGACCUCCGCGCUGCCCAUAAACCCUGCCCUAGAUCUUGCAAAGCGCAGAUCUCUCCCUUCCAUGCCGACGGAGUCACUGAUUGGCGAUGAUAGGACGUUCUCAGAGGAGUUUGUCUCAUCAUUAUCUGAAUCCUGCUUGCCUAUCAAUCCGGCUGCCAGCCUGGCUCAACAUAAGUCCCUGCCGAACAUCUCCCACAAAGCCCAAUUAUCAGAGCCCGUCACAUCUCGCAACCAUAACUCCUUCUUGUUGGAAUCGAUACUACCGAUCAAUCCAGCCUUCCAUGGCAAGGUUCGCUCCUAA